AACCCUUCGCCACUAAAACCUUCUUCUCUCUCUCUCUCUCUCGCUCUCUCAUGGCUUCAGCUGCUCUGAAGAACCCAAAUAUCAAGCGCCUUCUCAAUCUAUCCUCGCCUCUAUACUCAUGCUGUCGUGGGGAGAUCUCGGGCCGAUUUUCCAUUUCAGAGACUCUGUAUGCAGAGGGCAGGAGGGAUUUUGAUGGCGGGUUUUGGUGGAGAAGAUCCCUGGCGACGUUUACGCGCACGAAACCUCAUGUAAAUGUUGGGACUAUUGGACAUGUUGAUCAUGGGAAAACUACACUCACAGCAGCCAUUACAAAGGUACUGGCAGAAGAAGGUAAAGCUAAGGCUGUUGCCUUUGAUGAGAUUGACAAGGCACCAGAGGAGAAAGCUCGAGGAAUUACCAUUGCAACGGCCCAUGUGGAAUAUGAGACUGCUAAGCGACACUAUGCACACGUGGAUUGCCCAGGACAUGCAGACUACGUUAAAAACAUGAUUACUGGAGCAGCUCAAAUGGAUGGGGGUAUUCUCGUCGUAUCUGCCCCAGAUGGACCCAUGCCACAGACAAAGGAACAUAUUUUGCUUGCACGUCAGGUAGGGGUGCCGUCACUUGUGUGCUUUCUGAAUAAGGUUGAUGCUGUUGAUGAUCCAGAGCUACUGGAACUUGUAGAGAUGGAACUCCGUGAGCUCCUUAGUUUCUACAAGUUCCCAGGUGAUGAAAUUCCGAUUGUUCGGGGUUCGGCAUUGUCUGCCUUACAAGGCACAAAUGAAGAAAUCGGAAAAAAUGCUAUUCUAAAACUAAUGGAAGCUGUUGAUGCGUACAUUCCUGAACCUGUGCGCCAGCUUGACAAGCCUUUCCUCAUGCCAAUUGAAGAUGUAUUUUCAAUUCAAGGACGUGGAACUGUUGUCACAGGCCGUGUUGAACAAGGGACUAUUAAAGUUGGAGAAGAUGUAGAGAUUUUAGGUUUAAUGCAGGGUGGUCCUCUUAAGACUACUGUUACUGGCGUAGAGAUGUUCAAGAAGAUUUUGGAUCAUGGACAAGCUGGUGAUAAUGUGGGGCUUCUUCUACGUGGUUUAAAACGGGGUGACGUACAACGAGGACAGGUGGUAUGUAAGCCUGGUUCUUUGAAAACAUACAAGAAAUUCGAGGCAGAGAUUUAUGUGCUCACAAAGGAUGAAGGUGGUCGACAUACUGCUUUCUUCUCGAACUACAGACCUCAGUUCUACAUGAGAACUGCAGAUAUUACUGGAAAGGUGGAAUUGCCAGAGAAUGUAAAGAUGGUGAUGCCUGGUGAUAAUGUGACUGCAGUUUUUGAGCUCAUAUCUCCCGUACCGCUUGAAUCAGGACAAAGAUUUGCUCUAAGGGAAGGAGGAAGGACAGUCGGUGCCGGGGUUGUUGCCAAAGUGAUCAGCUAAACCCUUCCAGCCUUCGUCAUGCUGUUUUGUCAUUUGCGGAGGACAAAAAAAGAAAAAAAGAAAAAAAGAAAAAGAAAAGAAAAAGGGAGAAUUGAGUGUGCCCGCUAAUCAAAGAAACAUGCCCAUAUGCACGGUAUUGUUUUCAUGUACUCCAACAUUUUUAUUCAAUGUUCGCCUAAAGCUUCUUGGAACAUGCAGUUUUGAAUUACUGUUAAAAUAUUUACAUCUUCUGCAUUUUUGUACAAGUGCGGAAUCGUAGGAUAUGGUUUUGAUCUAUUAUCGUGACCUUUCGGCCUAAAUUCAUCAUAUGAAUAAAUAGGUUUUACUUCCAAUACCA